CUCCUUCUGCUCAGAAAACCUUCAUCUGAAGAACUGGAAUCCGACAGAGCGGUAGCUCAUGACAUGUCUGGCUAACAACAGUACAUUCCAAAGAUGCGCCUGAGUGUGUGGGUGGCUUUGGAUAGAAAUCAGAGAUGAAGCUCUCAGCCGCUUCCUGGACACCCAGGAGAGCAGCACCCCGAUCUGCUCAAUGGACCUACUUUGUUGUUCGGCAUAGCCACAUCUCCUCAACGCAACGCAUAUCCGACUUCUGGAUCCCCACAGUCAACGUGCAAAAGCAUGAUGCUGCUCUGGACGCUACCCAUUUGCUCAUCCGAGCUGGUUAUCUGCGCCAGGCCUAUGCCGGCAUAUUCCAGAUGCUGCCGCUGGGGCUACGAGUUCAGGAAAAGCUAGAACGACUCAUCGACAAGCACAUGAGAUCAGUUAGAGCUUCCAAGGUCUCCCUAUCCUCCAUGUCCUCGCAAGCUCUGUGGGAGAGGUCAGGGCGCCUGAAACGCGGAGGCGAAAUGUUUAUGUUCAAGGACCGCAGGGAUACUGAGUGGCUGUUGGCACCAACUCAUGAAGAAGAGAUCACCACUCUGCUCGCUGAUGUCAUUCAGACGAGACAGCAACUCCCUGUCCGACUGUAUCAGAUUGGCCGAAAAUACCGUGAUGAGAAGCGACCUCGUGGCGGGCUGCUUCGGGGCCGUGAAUUUCUCAUGAAAGACCUCUAUACUUUCGACUCCACUCCGGCUCACGCCCACGUAACAUACGACGAAAUACGAGGCGCAUACCGCAACUUCCUCAACGAGCUCAAGAUCAAAUACGUCGAAGCUAGAGCCGUUUCUGGUGAUAUGGGAGGGAACCUCAGCCAUGAGUACCACUUCCCCAACUUCGCCGGAGAAGACCUUGUCAUCACAUGUUCGGAAUGCGAUUAUGCACGCAACGAAGAAUUUGUUUCGCAACAAGUAUAUCAACCAGAACCGCUUCAGGUACCCGAGGUUGGCGCCACGCAUGUCAACCCUAGCCGAAGAUAUCUUGAAGAGCAUUUUCUCAGCACCGACCGUCGAAGUCUUGUACAUGCCAUUGGACCGUUAGCCCCUGACGACAUCCCCCAAGAGAAGCCUUCGGCACGAUCCAUCAAUGCACACGCAGUCAAGGCAGUCCUAAACGGUGUCUUGGACAUUGAUACAGGGCUAGAGCAUCCAAUGGAGAGCUUCAAGGAGUCCUUAGCCAGUAGCACUGCGGAUGCCUCAGGAAAGAGGCCAUCGAUAUACUAUGUCCUGGACUCGCGUGUUCGGCUAGACGAGAUUGGCCAUAUGAUUGCUUCACCUCUUCUCAGCCAAGAUAUAGACGCCUAUGUCAUCGCUGCCCCGAAGCACGACACAAAUGAUGGGAUAAAUUUGCUGAAUCAGGAAUCCGGAGACCCUUGUCCAGAAUGCGGGAGCGGAAAGUUAAGAGUGGACAAAGCAAUCGAGAUCGGCCACACUUUCCAUCUCGGCACCCGAUAUAGUUCAAAGCUCGGUCUCGCUGCGAGGCAGAGUGAUGGGAAAGAAGCGGUGCCGGUGGAAAUGGGUUGUCAUGGCAUCGGCGUGUCUCGGCUGAUUGCAGCUGUCGCAUCGUGUCUUUCCGAUGAAGUUGGUCUCAACUGGCCAAGAGUGAUUGCGCCUUUCGAAGCCGUCAUCGUUGUUCAGCCAUCACACGCCGACAGAUUGCGCGCCGCCGAGCAGCUUUGCGAUCAGUUGUCCUCCUCGAGCCUCGGCAAGGUCGAUGUCGUCCUCGAUGACAGACAAGAGCAAGGAAUGGGCUGGAAGCUAAAGGACGCGGAUGUCAUCGGAUACCCUGUCAUUGUGGUUGUGGGCAAAGGAUUCGACCAGGGAAAGGUAGAGGUGCAGUGUCGAAGGCUGGGGGUCAAGCAGGAAGUCGGUGUCAGCGAUGCCGUCGGGUUCGUGUAUGAUCUGCUGAGGCAGCUUUGAUGUACACUUUAAAAGUUUCUUGUAGCUAUACUGUACUCUAGGAUACCCCACUCGCACAAUGUAAGAGAUCUAUGCAGAACGAAC